GAAAGUGUUGGACAAGCAGGAAUCAGUAUGAUCUUGGUGUCAAUGUCAAUGUUGGUGUCAGUGUGAGCGUUUGGUGGACGUUAUGGUAUGGAGUUACUCUAGUUGUCGCAGCUUCAAGAUAUCCGUGACCGUGGCGUGGCCAUGACCCUUGUGGUGCAGGGCAGCGACCCAGCGAUACGUCAAUCGUGGUCUAAAGGUUGGCAUGGGCAUGACAAAGAGCAGAGGCCAGUCUUGCCAGUGCCACCCGCACUGUACUUGAGGGCACCGCACUUGAGAGGGCAUAAAGCGGCUUGUGCUUUGCGGGCAGCCAUGGCCAUUGCCUCGGCUACCACUUGUGCCACUACCGUCAAUAACCCCCCAAACAAUCACUUUCAUUCACAGAAUUUAACAUAAAAAGACCAAUUUAUUUAGCUAUGUAAUUCAUGCGAAUCUAAUAACUUAGAUUCAUGUACAUAAAUGCAAAUAUUAAACCUUCAGAGACUUGUCUCUCUAGAACAUAGCAGAUGCUUCUGGAAUCUCGCCGCCUUGAGCCAAGCCACCACACAGUCAACCGACACCCCUGUCACCCUCCACCCUCCACCCUCCGGGCCGGGUCUUCUAUCAGUUUCUAAGCUAGCACAACGACUUUUUCCCCUUCAAAGUUUUUUGAGCUCCAGACUCUUCUCUCCAUUCCACCUCAUCUCAUAAACAACCACCCCACCUCCUCCUGCGACCGAUCUCUUUCAUCUCAAGGCGCCUUUCUCUCACAGUAAUCCCCUGGUAGUUGCAUUCGCAUUCGCGGCUUCCGACAUGUUGUCCUCAAGAUUCGCCAGAACUGUAAGUUAAUGGUCAUCGUCAUGUCGUGUUUUUGAUACCUGGACUAAUUUGUCACCUCUAGCUUCCAAGAGUCUCUGCAACGACCACACGAUCAUCAAUUCGCACACCCUCGCCUUUCGUAUCAUCGUUUGUACGAUACAAUUCAGAUGACAAUAAGGUCAAGGGGCCCGUCAUUGGUAUUGACCUGGGUAUGACAUCGCCACUAGCCACCCACGAGAAGUCGCAUACUAACAUCACCAGGUACCACCAACUCAGCAGUAGCCAUUAUGGAAGGACCAACGCCCAAGAUUAUCGAGAACUCGGAAGGUAUGUGGCAAUGAAAUUUGAUCGUUGGAAUCUGUCUCUAAAUAUGACCAGGUGCCCGAACAACACCAUCCGUAGUAGCAUUCUCCGCAGACGGAGUAGAGCGACUAGUUGGUGUCUCAGCAAAGCGUCAAGCUGUGGUCAACCCAGAAAACACUCUCUUUGCCACCAAGCGACUGAUUGGACGAAAAUUUGUUGAUGUUGAGGUCCAGCGCGAUAUCAAGGAGGUCCCAUACAAGAUCGUUCAGCACACCAAUGGUGAUGCUUGGGUUGAGGCAAGAGGCGAAAAAUACUCCCCUUCACACAUCGGUGGUCUCAUCCUGCAGAAGAUGAAGGAGACCGCUGAGUCCUACCUCACAAAGCCAAUCCAAAAUGCUGUUGUCACAGUUCCAGCGUACUUCAACGAUUCCCAACGUCAAGCCACCAAGGAUGCUGGUCAAAUCGCUGGUCUUAAUGUUCUGAGAGUGGUUAACGAGCCAACCGCAGCUGCCCUUGCGUACGGUCUUGAGAAGGAUGAGGACAAGAUUAUUGCAGUCUACGACUUGGGUGGAGGAACCUUCGAUAUCUCCGUUCUGGAGAUUCAAAAGGGUGUUUUUGAGGUCAAGUCCACCAACGGAGAUACUCAUUUGGGAGGAGAGGACUUUGAUAUUCACCUAGUCCGUCACUUGGUCCAACAAUUCAAGAAGGACUCUGGCAUUGAUCUUUCCAACGAUCGCAUGGCUAUCCAGAGAAUUCGCGAGGCUGCUGAGAAGGCUAAGAUUGAGUUGUCAUCUUCCCUGCAAACUGAUAUCAACCUUCCGUUCAUCACCGCCGACUCUUCCGGACCUAAGCACAUCAACUCCAAGCUUUCCCGAGCCCAACUUGAAAAGCUUGUUGACCCUCUCAUCACCCGAACCAUUGAGCCUGUCCGCAAGGCCUUGAAGGACGCCAAUCUCACCGCAAAGGAGAUCCAGGAGGUUAUCUUGGUCGGAGGUAUGACCCGUAUGCCAAAGGUCGGCGAGUCCGUCAAGAGCAUCUUUGGUCGUGACCCAGCCAAGUCUGUUAACCCAGAUGAGGCUGUCGCUAUGGGCGCUGCUAUCCAAGGAGGUGUCCUUGCCGGUAACGUCACCGAUGUCCUUUUGUUGGAUGUUACACCACUUUCCCUUGGUAUCGAGACCCUUGGUGGGGUUUUCACUCGUCUGAUUGCGCGGAAUACCACCAUUCCUACCAAGAAGUCCCAAGUUUUCUCCACAGCUGCCGACUACCAGAGCGCUGUCGAGAUCAAGGUUUACCAGGGUGAGCGUGAGCUUGUCCGUGAUAACAAGAUGCUCGGCAACUUCCAACUUACCGGUAUCCCACCUGCGCACCGAGGUGUUCCUCAAAUCGAGGUUACCUUCGAUAUCGAUGCUGACGCCAUUGUCCAUGUUCACGCCAAGGACAAGUCCACCAACAAGGACCAAUCUAUCACCCUUGCAUCUGGAUCUGGACUGUCUGACCAAGAGAUUCAGAGCAUGGUUGACGAUUCGGAACGAUAUGCUGAAUCUGACAAGGAGAGAAAAGCAGCGAUUGAGGCCGCCAACAAGACUGACAGCGUUUUGAACGAUACCGAGAAGGCUCUUAAAGAGCACGCCGACAAGAUCGACAAGGCCGAGGCUGACUCUCUCCACGAGAAGAUUGCUGCUCUCCGCGAGAUUGUCACCAAGAGCCAGUCUACCGAGGGAAGCGUCAGCGCUGCAGAGCUCAAGGAGAAGACCGAUGCACUCCAGGUUGCCAGCUUGACCCUCUUCGACAAGAUGCACAAGGCUCGCACCGACGCCUCUUCCGAAGCUCCAAAUGCUGGUGAGGCUAACCCAUCAGAGGGCGAGGCCAAGGACGGCGAGAAGAAGCCAUAG